GCAGGUGCAAUUAACUUUAUUGCACGUUGUGCAUUAACUUCUACCUUUAUCCUUUAUGCGUGACUACACCUGAUCUGGUAACUGAGACCUGCCCGUGUCAGCAUGAUGAAAGAACUGAACUUUUGAUCGGACAGGAGCUGAGAGGAAUACAAAUGUUUUUCUCCAACAGCAAUGGUUCCUCACCGGUGUAUCCUCGCAGCCAAGACUGGGGACUUGCAGACCCUGAAAGAUCUGGAUGCCAGUGGAAACGUGAAUGAAGACAUUGAGGAUUCUUUAGGAGCCACCCCUGUCCAUCACGCAGCCAGGGCUGGCAAUCUGGACUGUUUAAAAUUCCUCAUCAGCGAUGCGAAGCUUCCUGGGAAUAAAAAAGCUAAAAAUGGAGCAACUCCUGCCCAUGAUGCAGCUGCAACUGGGAACUUGCUGGGGCUGCAGUGGCUGACAAGUGUCGGCGGGUGUAAUAUUCAGGAGCGCGAUGAUUCUGGUGCCUCCGUGCUGCACCUUGCUGCUCGCUUUGGUCGAUCAGAGAUGGUACAGUGGUUGGUGAAGGAGGGAUGUGAUCCCAUGGUAGAGACAAACAGUGGGGCAGUGCCUGCACACUAUGCAGCGGCAAAGGGAGAUCUCAUGAGUUUGAAACUUCUCAUUGUCCAGGCACCCAGGACUCUGAACAAACAGACUCAGAGUGGUGCCACCCCACUCUACCUGGCCUGUCAGGAGGGGCAUCUCCAUGUAGUUGAGUACUUGGUAAAGGAAUGUGGUGCCUUCUUAGACCUGCGAGCACAUGAUGGCAUGACUGCUUUCCAUGCUGCAGCACAGAUGGGGCACUCUACUGUGGUGGCCUGGUUGGCAUCUUUACCAGACAUGGAUCUGUCUGCUCAAGACAAUGAAGGAGCAAGUGCAAUGCACUUUGCUGCCAGCGGAGGACAUGCCAGGAUCUUGGAACAACUAAUAACAAUGAGAGCAAAGAUCUUGAAGGACCACUGGGGUGGAACACCACUUCAUGAUGCUGCUGAGAAUGGUGAGCUGGAGUGUUGCCAGAUCCUAGUCAUGAAUCAAGUGGAUCCUACUAUCCAAGACAAGGAUGGCUACACGGCAAGAAAGCUGGCGAACUACAAUGGACACAUGGAAUGUGCCAACUACUUAAGGAGAAUGGAGAACAUGCCACUUCUGAAGGAUAAUUCUCCCUCUUUGCUGAAGGAAGACUCAUUUAGAAGGUCAAAGAGCAUAGUGAGACGACAGAGUGGUGGUGAUUACUACAGGUCAUUUAACGAGGGGCGCAGGGAGUUGUUGAACUUUCCGAAGGAAAUGGAAAAUGACAAGGAUACAAUAUUGGUAAAGUCGGAGGCACCUAUUUAUCCACAGCCGCCACCCCUACCACCACCACAGCCAACCCCACAGCUGAUCAAAUCACAGCCACUGGCAAGGACAACGUCAGCAAGUAAUAGUUAUCAUUGCACCAGCAAUGUGAAGCCUUUUAACAUGGUGCAUCCCACUGAUGACAGCUCGGAGCACAUCGUUGAACUGAAGUCAGAAACAUUGCUAAAGACAGUGGGAUUUACCACUGUGUUUGUGGGCAACUCGGGGCAACUGAAGCAAACGUUUGAAGAGGAUGAGAAGGAGAAUGGAUUUCUGCCUCUCCCAGUGGACGAGGUUAGCUCUAUUGACGUUGAUUCCCUUGUGCCCACACAUGACGAGAGGGGACGUCCAAUCCCUGAGUGGAAACGGCAAGUAAUGGUCCGAAAGCUGCAGGCUCGCUUGCAGGAUGAAGAGGAGGCACGGAGAAAUCAUGAAGGGAAUGGUUAUCUGCAGAUGGAAGGGUGGAGGUAUUCCCAGGUCCACAACGCCAUACUGGGACCGUAUGGAGAACUGCUGACUGAGGAUGACCUCAUCUACCUGGAGAAGCAGAUCGAGACUGUGCAAGUGAAGAAAAAGUGCCAGGAGUAUGAGAGCGAGCUAACCCGAUUGGCAGAAGAGCUUCGAACCAUUCUCCCUGCUCCCUUUGUCAACAUAACCGUGAACACACAAUUCUUCCACCAGAAUGCAGGGAAGGACGAACACACUUCGUUGCCUGUGUGGUGUAACAGGAUAUCUGGGAUUGUGAGGAGCAUGUCGCUGCUUCUGUCCAAUUUAAAUGAAAAGGAUCGUGGCGAUCAUGAAAACAAGGAAAUUACCAAAAUGCCAAAUUUGGAACUGGUAUCCGUCUUCUCACCAAGCCCUGAGAAAACAUCUUCAAAACUGACGAGAAAUAAGGUAGAGAAAGAGAUCCAGCACUAUGGCGUGUCCGUGCGAAACCUGAGGGCAAACUUUGAGAAACAAUGUCCGACAAAAGAAAAGUCCAUGCCUCCACUUCACAUACCGGAAAGCCAGAAAUGUACAGCAGAAAUGCACAACAAGACGUGUUAUUCUGUUGAGCCUGAUGUUACGGUUCACCCGGCUAAAGAUCAAACUUCAGAGGGUGCCAUCCUUGAUACCAAUGCAGUUAUUGCUGAACUAGAAACCUGGCAGGUAGAUACCUCUGAAACUCAGCAAAGUGAGGUGACUAAAGUGCAGCUGCCUGAUUUUCCUCAGUCGGAGGAGAUGGAAGGCACAAGGUCCUCUGGAACUGAUGCAGAGGAGAGUGCAGCAGACCCACACCCUUCUGGGACAGAGGCAACUAGUCUAAGGAAAGAAAGAAUAGUUGUACUAUUCCUGGGCCACUGGAAAAAGUCCACCUAUACUAUGUCUUUGAAAAUGAAAGUCCGAGACAUCCACAAAGCAGCUGUCAAUGUUGGAAACAGCAGUGAGGUUCUAAAGGUUACAGAAAGUAACAAAAUAGAAGAAAAUAAAGAAAAGACAGAACCAGAAAUGAGCAAUGAACCCCAGGCCAAGCAAUCCAUAGAGAAUGGCAAACUCAGGCAUCUCUUCUUACAGCGAAGGACCAUCAACAAACUAAUUGGCAACUGGAGAAACAUUAUAUCUCAUGUUCCUUCCAGGCAGAUCCGACGGCUCCAUCGUCAGCAGAUUACAUAUUCUCCAGAGCAGUUCCUGCCCCGUGUGAAUGGUAUACCACUUGAUUACGAUAGCCUUACACUUGACCUUUUUAUGCUGGGAUAUUUUCACAUCCUUGAACUUGACCUGCCUCCGGAUGAAAGGAAAAUGAGGCAUCUUUUGUGCUUCGAGGUGUUUGAUCACUUGGGGGCAUUCAGCUGGGAUGUGGUCCGUGAGUUCCACAAGGCAGUCAUCGAUGAGAUUGAUGGUGGUAAUCGAGAAUGGAAGAAUGGAUUUGAAGACAUCAAACAGAGGUUUUUCAGCAACCCUGAAAAUACAGCGGCUACAACUGACUUCCCCAAACAGCCGAUCGUGGCUGUGAGAUCUGUGCCCAAAGUCAUUGUGCAAAGUGCCACACCUGAAGAGGACGAGGAGGGAACAGGACAUGGUUCCUCUUGUGACCUCUCAAAUUUCAGUAAUGAUGAGAUAUGCAAAUACAUCGAUAGAAGCUUUGCUUUCUGGAAGGACAAAGAAGCUGAAAUGUUUGACUUUGAAGAAUAAGUAGCUAGUUUCCAGGUUAUAGUUAACUCCAGUGCUAACAUUUUUUAAUUGGAAUUCUGGCAGGUGAAAGGAAGAAGCAGAGAUUUUCCAGGGUUGUGAAAGCAUAAAGUUUGCUUAUAUUUGCAGAAGAAUUUUAAUAAAACAUUUGUAUUUAUUACAUUCUAAAGAGUCAACCAAACUACUUGGAGUUAUGAAAUGUGGAAGGAAAAUUUAAUGUAUCCUCUGUUAUUUUGUAAACCGUUAUCUUCUGCUCCAAUGUUCUCUAUUGCUGUUCUGAAGAGCCUCAGUCCUGUUAUCUCCUCUGAGCCAGUUCAGUCCCAGAGAGACUCUGCUUUCUUGCCUCCCCCGAGGACAUUUUUAUCAACCUCAAAAGCAUUACUAGGUUAGACAUCUUUAAUAUUUUAUAUAUUUUCAACAGUGCUUUACUACUCUUCCCCCAAAUCCCUUCACCAGACUCUAGUGAAAUUUACAUUAGGGCAUCAAUGUUUCCAAACAGAGGAGAACCUAAAUCAAAUCUACGUUCAACUGAAGUAUGUUUUCCUGUAGGCCUGACCAAUCUGGAUUUUUACUGAUCCUUAAAUUACAAUUCCUGCUUCUGUCUCCUUCUGAAGGCAACUUAGGUGAAAUCACUACUACGAACGGAUGUGUUUUGUUUUACCAGCCUAGUUUCCUCAAAGUAUAAGGGACAGCCUCGGAAUCUUCAAUCAAAUGCAAACACCACCCAGCAAGGCCAAAAAUAAUAAUAAUUCAAAACACCACACACCACACCUAAGGUGUAAAAGAGAUGUACUAUAGCUGGUCAACGGACAAUUAGAACAGGGAGCGUCUCAGUUUGUGCUGGGGUUCCCCUCUUGGACUCUCGUCAGAUUAGUUUAGUCCAGUGAAGCAAUGGAAUUCAACAUGUCUGGGGCCUUCAGAGAAGACUACUGGCCUCAAUCCCUAGGGAUUUAACUGUGCAUUAUAAAGGGAUUACAGUAGAGAUUUGCUGAGGUGGUAAUGUAGAAAAGUUUAGAAACUCAUAGAAAUUUCAUGAAGCCUUUCGGCCCAUUGUUCCGGUGAACUUUGAAAAGAAUUGACCCACGAAUAAUUUCUUACC